GAUUGUAAGACUGGACCGAAAUGAGCUGUAAUCACGUUCUCAUCUCAUCUUAUCGCGAGAAGUGAGCCGUACUAUAAAUUCCCCAAUCGCGGCUGUCAGCCCCCGCACUCCCCUCUGUCCUCUGUGUCCGUCGGUGUGGUAUCAAAGCUGAGACUGAAGAUGGCUGCAGGCAAUGCACAAAUUGGAAAGCUGGCCCCGGACUUCACAGCCAAAGCGGUGAUGCCAAACGGACAGUUCGAGGACCUGAAACUGUCAAGCUACAGAGGGAAAUAUGUUGUCUUCUUCUUCUAUCCCCUGGAUUUCACCUUUGUGUGUCCAACUGAGAUCAUCGCUUUCAGUGAUGCUGCCGAAGAUUUCAGGAAGAUUGGCUGUGAGGUCAUCGCCGCCUCUGUGGACUCACACUUCUCCCAUUUCGCAUGGACCAACACACCACGUAAGCAGGGCGGUCUGGGUUCUAUGAAGAUUCCUCUGGUAUCUGACACACGGCGCACCAUCUCCACUGAUUACGGCGUCCUAAAGGAGGAUGAGGGCAUCGCCUAUAGAGGCCUGUUCAUCAUUGACGACAAAGGCAUCCUGAGACAGAUCACCAUCAACGACCUCCCAGUUGGACGCUCUGUUGAUGAGACCCUGCGUUUGGUCCAAGCCUUUCAGUUCACUGACAAACACGGAGAAGUGUGCCCAGCCGGCUGGAAACCAGGAAGUGACACCAUCAAACCUGACGUCCAGAAGAGCAAAGACUUCUUCUCCAAGCAUUAAUAAGCCCAAGGCCAGAGUGUGUGGCCUGCUGUAGGAGAUUUCAUUUAGAGAUUACAUUUCAAGAGAACAAUAUUUAUGUCAACCGCUGUGCCUGUGGAGGAGAGGUUAGGAGACCGUUUUUGUAGUCAACAUGCUGUGUGUGUUCUGUUGUCUGUAGAGUGAAUAGUGCACUUAUGACCAAAGUAUAUAAUUGUGUAAUUAUGAUGCAGUAAUGUAUGCUGAGCUAAAUGUCUGUUUGUUCUUUCAUGACAUUCCUCACUAUUGUUGCUACGGACCAUACAAACAUUAUUAUGGGAAUGAAGCCACAAACACCUCUCUGUUAUGUCGGAUUUCGUUCUUUUUUUUUUUACAGUGAACAACAAAUGUUCUUUCAUCAAAAUAAAGAGUACGAGUUUAUAACA